GGCCUACACGCGCUGCAGUGCAGCCUCUGCCUGGCUGGCUCGCUCCGUUUCCGCCUAAAGCUCGAGCCGAGCCGAUGAAUGGCGGAAGCAAGAGGAGAGGAGUGAACAGUGAAGAAGCGAAGCCGAGCGGGUGGACCGGUGACGAACUGCCGGCUGUCGGCUGGGCUCGGAUCCGGUAGAAAAGGGCGUGCCCUUCCUCCUCCGCCCAUCCAUUUUCUCGCAAGGCAAAGGCAGCCGCAGCCCCGCAGCAGCAGCACCAGCAGCGGCACGGCCCCGAGGUCGGGUCGUCUCCCCACACCCGAAAUCCCCUCGCGCACCACACAAAAUCCUCCAGCCACCUCCCCACCCCACCGCCGGCGCUCUGCUCGCCGGACCUUCGCACGCGGCCGGAGACACAGAAAGAAAGAGAGAUCCGGGCCCCGCCGGCUCCGAUAUCCGCCCCUCCCCUGCCCGCCGCCGCUGGAUUCCGCGCCCUCCUCCUCGAUCCUACCGCAGGGCCCUCACUCUGGUAUCAUGGUCAUGAAGAUGGAGCACGAGGACAAUGGUGCCAUCGGAGGAACUGAUGGCACGUGGACAGAGGACGACCGAGCUCUCGGCGCUGCUGUGCUUGGAGCAGAUGCCUUUGCAUAUCUAACAAAAGGAGGUGGUGCCAUAUCCGAGGGCCUUGUUGCCACAUCUUUGCCGGGUGACUUGCAGAACAAACUCCAGGAGCUUGUUGAAUCCGAGAGCCCCGGUACCAGUUGGAACUAUGCUAUCUUCUGGCAGCUCUCACGCACAAAGUCUGGUGAUCUCGUCCUUGGAUGGGGGGAUGGCUGCUGCCGUGAACCCCGCGAUGGAGAGCUGGGAGCUGCUGCUUCUGCAGGCAGCGAAGAUAGCAAGCAGAGGAUGCGCAAACGUGCGCUGCAGCGGUUGCACAUCGCAUUCGGAGUUGCUGACGAGGAGGAUUAUUCCCCUGGUAUUGAUCAGGUCACAGAUACUGAGAUGUUCUUCCUGGCAUCUAUGUACUUUGCGUUUCCCCGUCACGCUGGUGGCCCUGGCCAAGCAUUUGCAGCAGGCAUCCCCAUCUGGGUUCCCAAUAGUGAGCGCAAGGUUGUACCAGCCAACUACUGUUACCGUGGGUUCCUUGCAAAUGCGGCAGGAUUUAGGACUAUUGUUUUGGUGCCAUUUGAGAGUGGCGUCCUUGAACUGGGCUCAACGCAGCACAUAGCUGAGAGUUCUGGUACUGUCCAGACAGUAAGGUCUGUAUUUGCAGGAACAAGUGGUAAUAAGUCUGCAGUGCAGAGACACGAGGCUGAAAGGUCACCCGGUUUGGCGAAGAUCUUUGGGAAGGAUUUGAACCUUGGCCGGCCUUCAGUCGGGCUGGCGGUCGGUGUAUCUAAUUCUAAGGUGGAUGAGAGGACAUGGGAGCAGAGGAGUGCUGUUGGUGGGACCUCAUUGCUACCGAGUGUCCAGAAAGGUUUGCAGAAUUUCAGUUGGAGUCAGGCUCGUGGGCUGAAUUCCCAUCAGCAGAAGUUUGGCAACGGUGUGUUGAUUGUGAGCAAUAAUGAGGGUGCACACCGCAACAACGGAGCAGUGGACAGCCCUAGCGCAGCGCAGUUUCAGCUUCAAAAGGCGCCUCAGCUUCAGAAACUGUCGGUUGUUCAGAAAACGCCUCAGCUAGUGAACCAGCAGCCAAUGCAGGCACAGGUACCUAGGCAAAUUGACUUCAGCGCCGGGAGCAGUUCCAAGCCUGGUGUGUUGGUUACAAGGGCAGGUGUCCUGGAUGGUGAGAGUGCAGAGGUGGAUGGCUUGUGCAAAGAGGAAGGGCCACCACCUGUUAUGGAGGACCGACGGCCAAGGAAGAGGGGAAGAAAACCAGCAAAUGGGAGGGAAGAACCACUUAACCACGUCGAGGCGGAGCGCCAGAGGAGGGAGAAGCUCAACCAGCGGUUCUAUGCGCUUAGAGCUGUUGUGCCAAACAUAUCGAAAAUGGACAAGGCGUCCCUGCUGGGCGAUGCGAUAACGUACAUCACUGACCUCCAGAAGAAGCUCAAAGAGAUGGAGACGGAGAGGGAAAGGCUGUUGGAGUCGGGUAUGGUGGACCCAAGGGAGCGGGCGCCUAGGCCAGAGGUGGACAUCCAGGUGGUGCAGGACGAGGUUCUUGUUCGUGUGAUGUCUCCAAUGGAGAACCAUCCAGUCAAGAAGGUCUUCCAAGCGUUCGAAGAGGCAGAGGUCCGUGUAGGCGAGUCAAAGGUGACGAGCAAUAACAACGGGACGGCGGUGCAUUCUUUCAUCAUCAAGUGUCCUGGCACUGAGCAGCAAACGAGGGAGAAGGUGAUAGCGGCAAUGUCUCGCGCGAUGAGCAGUUGAGCAUAGCAGCUGUAGGAUCAGACUGGCACGGUAGAAGGUGGCCGGUUUAUCCAGGUUGCGAACAAGAGGCGGCGGCGGCGGCUGAAGCAGCCCGUCGAUUGUUGAUAGGAGAGUUGUAGGUGGAGAGAAGCAAGAUAAGAUUCUUCUGACUUAAGCAAUGCAGCAGCAACCAAAAAAAAAGAAUUGGGGCUCUAGUUAAGCAGCCAUUCUACGGUAGGUUUCUUUUGGUUGUGGUCCGACCCCGACCGUUUAGUUCUGAUGUUUUUGCUUUGGAAGGAUGGAUACCGUGUUCGUUGUGUAAGCCUGAUGAUGCAGCAGAACCAUAAACAGCAAUACAUGUUUUUCUUAUUCUUCUUCUUCUU